GCGCAACCCCGGACUGCACUUGUCAGGUUUUUUUGUCAAAGGUCCGAGCGGGUCGGGGCAGUGCGCAAACGUUCGCCGGCCGAGACGCGCGCACGCUUGCACCUGCGAGACUUGACUCGAUCGAAACGAGUGCUCGAUGCGAGCGAGUUUGACCACAUCGAUAAAACAAGUGACUGUCGUGAUUUUUUAAUCAGUGUGAACUUUGUAUUUUUUUUUUUGUGACCUAACUGGGAUUUAAAAAGCUCAAAUUGAAAGUGUACCUUUCAAGUGUGUUGGUGUAAACAUUCGUGACUCAAAACUUGAUGUGAUGUACUUGAAAAUGUAUAUAAAAUCAGAAAGGUUCUACCAGCAGCCGGACCAAGCGCUGAAAGAAGAAAGAUACUUCUCAGAUUAUGAAGAAGAAUUAGAUGACCGUGAAGGCGGCGGAGGCGGAGGCGGGGGCGGGGCGCGGCGCUGCGCGCGCGAUGCCGCGGCGUCGCCCGCGCACGCGGCCACGCCGACGCCCGCGCCGCCCGCGCCGCAGCCGCAGGUCAAGAGCGAGCGGCUCAGCCCGCACGAUUCCACAGCCUCCAGAUCCCGCAGCGUGACGCCAUCGACGUCGUCAUACCCGGGCACGCCGCCGGAGCGCGGCAGCCCGCACGCGCCGCAGCCGGCGCCGGCGCACCCGCCGCGCAACUACUCCGACAUCAUGCGCUCGCUGGCGGCGCGGUACAACGCGCACCCCAACAACGACUACUUCCACCGCAUGAAUGGUUUCGUGGAGGCGCGCGCGGCGCCGUCGCCCGCGCAGGACGCGACCGACGCGCCGCUCGGCGGCCUCUUCACGAAACUAGCCACGCAGCAGGGCGGGCCUCCGCGGCUGCCGGCUUUCCCUGUUAUGCUGGACAUGAGCUCUACUAAGACACUCCUAGCGAUAUCCCGGGUGGGUCGCGGCGGCCGGUCGCGGCGCAAGCGCGUCGGCGCGGGCGCAGCUCCCGAGCACUCGCCUUUGGACUUGUCGGCGGCGGGAGAGAGCGCCGCCAAACGCGCCAGACUCUCAGCCAGCCCUAGCACAAGAAGCGACAGCGACGAGAGGGACAGGGCGUCAAAUGAUGAUCGAAGUGAAGCGCGAGGUGAAUGCCUUUGCGCGGAGGCGAGAGCUCGGCUAUCGGCGUGGUCAGUCGAUGACGUCUGCGAUUUUGUCACCUCUAUCGACAUCUGCGCGGAGUACGCAUCGAAUUUCCGAGAGCAAAGAAUUGACGGUGCCGGCCUGCCACUCCUGACUGAAGACCACCUAACCGGUAUGCUUCAGAUGAAGUUAGGGCCGGCCCUCAAGCUGCGGGCCGUGCUCGCCCGCCGCCUGGACCCCUGCGCCCAGUGCCAAGCCCUGGCCCCGGCGGCCCCGGCCACACCGGCCCCCGGCCCCCGGAUAAAUGGCACAGCACUAAAAUCUGAACCGAGGAGCAACACUACCAGUCCUAGUUAAGACAUUCUCGUAUUCUUUAGACUUACUUUUACGUCUCUACUUCACUGUAGCGCUUUCUUAGCAGAGAAAAUCGGAUGUUACAUCUACUUACUACUUAAAAAUCUAUGUCACUCAUAUUUUCUUUGAAAUCAAAGCUAUGCACGGUAUCGCAUCACAAAAUCAAAUCACAAUAUUUCGGAAUAAGGUAAACGUACCGAUUGCGGUCACGAAACCAAUUACGAGCCAUGCGUUUUCACAAAUAUCAAAAAUCUUAUUUAAUUACCACGAUAAUCUUUAUGGGAAUUUCAGAUGAUGCGUAGUUUGUGAUCAAACGUAGAUAAGGUUAACGUUUAUCUCCGAGAUAACCGGGAAUUCGUCGUAAUAAAGACUGGUUGUUUGCCUUUCGAAUAAGCAGCAUCCCAUGUUAGACAUAAUAAUUCUAGUUAAAUUUUAACUACGUUUAGUCAGAGUUCAUGAGUGUAAAGUCUUCCUGUUUUAUAGAUUUUUGCAUUUAGUUACGUUUUAAGACGCUUUAGGAUUAAUAGUUAAGUUUUGCAGAAUAUUUUCUGUAUAUAAAUACAUUGAAUGUUGUGUAUUGCCGUCCAAAUGUGUUAAAUUUAUAAGGAUCGUUUUUGUAUGUUGGUGUACGUUUAAAUCUGACAUCAAUAGUUUGAUGAGUAAUAAUAAUAAUAAAUAAUAGCUUAUGUAAGUUUUGUAGUAAUGUUACAAUGUUUUAAUUAAAUAAGAUAAAAUUACACAUAUUGACUACAUCUUCAGCUGAAAUCUAAACGGUAGCUUAUAAAAGACAGUUGAGCUUUACUAAAGCUUCGAUCGGCCAAACUGUAACAUACAAAAAUAAUCCUGCUAUUGUAUAAAAGCAUAUCUUUCGGUGCUAAAGGACCCUGACUUAAAGUUAAAAUGUUAAAAAUGUAGAAUUUAUAUUUGUACAUAAAGCCGUAAAGUAGUUUUACGUACUAUGUUGAGGCUACUACGUCUACAUCUUAUACAGGGUCACAAAGUUAUAAACUGUAUAGUUAAACAUAUAAAGAUAUAGUUGUAUGGUACGUUGCUAAUUCUUAGCAUUUAUUUAUACCACACCUGAAGAAAGCUCAGUAAACCGACUACAGUAAUCGUAUAGCUAACGAGUGUAUAAUUUAGAUUUACUUGUAUAGUAUCAUUUGAUGCAUCCACGAUUUGCAAUUAGUAUUUUUUGUAAAUAAGUUUGAAAAUAAAUUCAAAAUCAUUCCUGCUCAGUUAUAGAUAUAAAUAGAUUCACACACAAGGUUCUGUAAAAAAGUUUUACCUGUGGUAAUCUCCUUAAUUGCCAAAAUAGCGUAAAGGAAAUCAAGCAUACUUAGUAGUUAAUGGUAUAUAGAUUCAGACAUACGAAAGGAAAAUAUAAGGUGCUAUUGUUGGUGUGUACAUAGAGUUUUAGUCUCAGUGCCUGGAUCCUGGUCUUCCUUAUAUUAUAUAAGAAAAUAUUUUUAUAAUAACGUUUUCAAAAGUAUUACGGUUCUACGCUUUAAAUCUGAAGUUAAAUAAUACAUAUUAAUACUUACAUAGAUUAUAAUGAAGAGACGAAUUUUUGUAGGUGUCUUAUUAGCAUAGAGUCCAGACCCCUGCUUUUAUUUUAACUAAUGUUAUUAUAUGGACCAGUGACUUACGAACUUGUACAUUUGUAUGUAUAGAAUAUUUUUGAUUGUCAAGUGUAUUGUGUAAAUUGACAAUAAUAAUGUGUGUGUGUGGGAUUUACAGUCCAGGUUUAAAUAGCUAACAGAUUAAUAAAACAGUAAUACAAAACUAAAUACUAAACAACUGCUAUUGGGAAAGGCUUUUAACACUGCAGUUGUUGAAUCAUGGUAAGACAAACGAUUUAGGAUCUAUUCAAGAUCUUAUUGUAAAAUAUUUUUAAUACCAGCAAAUUACUACUUUGUCUUACCAUGAUUUUUCCACUGAUGUCGUUCAUUAUGCAAGGUAAAAAUCAACAAAUUCACCGAAGAUAUUGAAUUUUUGGUCAGUUAAUUAACUAAGAUAAUGCCAAUGAUUGGUGCUUUUACCUUGAUUAGAAUACGAUGCCUUUAACAAAGCAGUCUAGCGCAUUUUACACUGUAUCAGUUAACCGAAAGCAAAUAUAACAUAAUAAAAAGUUUGGUAACCGACACUAAAGUGAACAUUUAACCUGCGACUCAUACAUACAAACAAGACUAUGUUUUUGUUAUAUGUUAGUGUUAAUGAUUGUGUAUAACGAAGGUUUAGUCACUUUGUUAAUCCUUGCGAACAUGUACUUAGAUAAUGUAGCUUGUUUAGCGUUAAUCGCGGAUUAAGUUUAAUCCAAGUUUAAGUAUUUAUGUGGAGAGAAUAAAAACAAUGAUUUUAUUGAAACUAA